CGGCCCGGCGGGAGGCGAGCGGGGCCGAGCAGGAUGCCCGAGGAGCGCGGCCCUGUCCCACCAUGUCGGUCUCCAAGCUGCAGGACACGGACGAGGUUUUUGAGACGCCGCGUUUGGACAGCAGCCUGCACAAGGCCCGCGCCCGGCUCCUGGCCCGCGGCCGCCGCCAGCGGCCCUCGCGCUCCCGCCUGCGCGACAGCGCCAGCUCCACCGAGGGCGACGAGGGGCCCGAGGCCGCGGGCACCGAGGGCGAGGGCAGCCCCCUGGACCCCUCGCCCUUCUCCCGCACCGAUGGCUUCUCCUUCGAGCCGGGGGUGGCACGGCCGGGCCUGGGGGACCCCCCGGCCCCCACACCCCCCCUCAGCCGCUACCGGCCCCUCACCAACACCCCGUCCCAGGAGGGGCUCUCGGGGGCCCCCGCGCCCCAGUCCUGCCCCAGCUCCGACAGCCCCCCCGGCUUCGCCCGCCGCCACCCCCGGCCCCGGCAGCACAGCGAAGAUGACAGCCGGGACAUGAGCCCCCCCUCGCCCGCCAGCCCGACCGUGGGGCUUGACAAGAAAACGAGGAGGAAAUUCUUGGAUUUGGGGGUGACCCUGCGCCGGGCGUCCUCUGGGAAGAGCCGCAAGGAGAAGAGCAGCAACCGCCUGUCCAUGGGCAGCAGGGAUGUGUCAGAGGGGCCCGGCCGCCCCUCGGGGUCCCCGUUCCUGCCCUUCUCCUGGUUCUCAGACAGCACCCGGGGCUCGCCCGGCCCCGCGUCCCCCGCGGGCUCCCCCCGGCACGAGGGGCUCAGCCCCCCCAAAUCCGCCUCACAGGACUCGGAGCUGAGCGAGGAUUCGCCACCAUCUAGCGCCAGCCCCCGCCUGCCCGGCGCCCCCAAGUGCUCGUACCCCUACCACACCCUGUCCCAGUCCUCGGACGAGCUGCUGGAGGAGCCGGCGGGCGCGGCCGCGGGCUGGACGUGCGGCCAGGUGGGGCAGUGGCUGCAGAGCCUGGGCCUGGAGCGCUACGUGCGGGAAUUCGCCGAGCGCGGCGUGGACGGGCCCCGCCUGCUGCUCCUCGACGGCGCCAAGCUCAAGGCGCUGGGCGUGGGCAGCUCCCAGGACCGCGCGGUGCUCAAGCGGCGGCUGAAGGAGCUGAGCCUGGCGGCCGAGCGGGAGCGCAAGGCCCGCGACAAGGCGGACAAGCAGCGCGACAAGCUCAAGAAAAAGGACCAGGAGCAGCGGAGGAGCUGAAAACCUGCGGGGGUCCCGCAAUCCAUCCCCAGCCACAGCCCCCCGGGACACACCCCGGGGACACGGGGCACGGCCAAGGGCACCUGGGACACCCCCAGCCCGUCCUGCCACCCCCACCUGGCACCACUCCCAGCCCCGUCCCCACCCCGCACCCCCAGCACAGGAGGGGAUGGGGCACAGCCCGACCCCCUCCUCACACACGGGCACCCCCAAAUCGGGGGCAGGGAGGGAAUCCCGCCCCCACCACAGCCCCA